AUGUCAACAUCCCCGGAACCCGGUCCGGUGAAUGGACACGCUUCGCCUUCAACCGACGAACGUCAUUCCUACAUAGCGGAUGACGCCCGAAGUGACAGCGACCUGUCCGAAUCCCAACCGGCUCCGCUCGACGCCGCAACGCCGGAGUCCGACGAUGCUGCCGGGUCACCGGAUGAUGACGGACCCGAGUUCGCUCCAAAUGAACAGGAGGAGCUGUCCGAGUCUAGUGAACAUGAAGCUAUAGACGAUGGGGACUUCGAUGAAGCCGGCAGUCCAGCCUCUGCGCAAAGCAGCGGCGCUGCCGAUCGAGUCCAUUCGACCUCUGCCCGGGUCAUUAUCAAACGUAAAACGGCCCCGACAACCGAGGACGAUUACAUGCGGGAGAACCCGGAGCUCUAUGGAUUGAGGCGUAGUUCGCGCCCUUCGCAACGUCGUAAAGUUGUCGAUUCGGAGGAUGAGGCAGAGGAAUCGGAUUCCGAUGCCACCCCAGCCCCCCGGAAAGCGGUGAACAAACGCCGCCGUUUUGAGCGCUCCUUGCCUGUUUCCAAACGGGGUACCCCAGCCCGCCAUACUUCGGCCGACGAUUCCGAUUCCGAUACGUACGGCGGCGCGAAAGCUCGUAGCUUCAGGAAGAAGAUGCGACGGCAACAGGAACUGCAACCGUCGUUGGCCCUAGCCGAGAAACGCUGGUCCAACCGCCGCGCCGCGCAAGUCUCGGCUGGUGCUUACCAAGAGAGCGAAGCAGAGGACGAGGAAGACGAGGACGCUACCCCUGGGUAUUGGGUCGCGGGUGUCGAGGAUAACUCGCCGUACAUUGAGAAAAUCCUCCGCCAUCGUCCCAAAGAAGGCGUUGUACUCACACCCCAGGCUACACGCCACGACUUCGAGUAUUACAUCAAAUGGCAGGGCAAGUCCCAUCUUCACAACACUUGGGAGACGACCGAUUCGGUCGGAGGCUUCCGUGGGUUCCGCCGUCUCGAGAACUACUACAAGAAGAUGGUCGAAUAUGAGCUUGAUCUGCAGUUUGGUGGCGAUGAUAUUAGCCCCGAGCAGCGCGAGCAAUGGCUACUCGACAGGGAACGGGAAGAGGACGCGUUAGAAGACUUCACCAAAGUCGAACGCGUGGUUGCCGUUCGCGAGGGUGACAACGGGUUGGAGUACUUGGUCAAGUGGAAAGGCCUACAGUAUGACGACUGCACCUGGGAGGAUGCUUCCAUGAUCAGCGACCAUGCACAAGACAAGAUUGAUCAAUUCCUGGACCGGUCGUCGCGUUCCUGGCAGUCGGAUCGAAAGCAGACUAACUUCGACACCCGCUCGAGGAUGACCAAAAUGGAGCAACAGCCAACCUAUAUCAAGGGUGGUGAACUCCGUGAGUUCCAGCUGAAGGGCCUCAAUUUCCUGGCGCUCAACUGGACGCGGGGCAACAACGUCAUCCUGGCUGAUGAGAUGGGUCUCGGCAAGACAGUGCAGACCGUCUCAUUUCUUAGUUGGCUCCGCAACGAUCGUGACCAGGAGGGGCCUUUCCUGGUCGUCGCACCGCUGAGUGUCAUCCCAGCGUGGUGUGAUACAUUCAACCACUGGGCCCCGGAUAUCAACUACGUUGUCUAUUUAGGACCCGAGGCAGCUCGCGCCAACAUCAGGGAGCACGAGCUAUUCGUCGAUGGGAAUGUCAGGAAGACCAAGUUCAACGUUCUGGUCACGUCCUACGAUUACAUUCUAGCGGACGCCGAUCACCUCAAAGGAAUCAAGUGGCAGGUACUCGCCGUUGACGAGGCUCACCGUCUCAAGAACCGUGAGUCUCAGCUCUACCACAAGCUCAACAAUUUCGGGGUACCUUGCAGGGUUUUAAUCACCGGAACGCCCAUUCAAAAUAACCUCGCCGAGCUGUCGGCGCUUUUGGACUUCCUCAACCCCGGCAAAGUCUUGAUUGACGAGGAACUCGAGCUGCUCUCGACAGCGGAUAACAACGAGGCCGCUGAUGAGCAGCAGAGCGAAGCUAAGCGCAUGAAAACACAGGAGAAGCUUCGGGAGCUACAUGCCGCUAUUGCGCCUUUCAUUUUGCGGCGGACCAAGGAAACAGUCGAAUCAGAUCUACCACCCAAAACGGAAAAGAUAAUUCGAGUCGAGCUCUCUGACGUCCAGCUCGACUACUACAAAAAUAUUCUGACACGGAACUACGCGGCGCUCCGGGACGCGAGUAACGGUCACAAACAAUCGUUGCUCAAUAUCAUGAUGGAGCUGAAGAAGGUCAGCAAUCAUCCUUACAUGUUCCAGGGCGCUGAAGACCGUGUCCUUGCUGGGAGCACCCGUCGUGAGGACCAGAUCAAGGGCCUUAUCACAAGCAGUGGCAAGAUGAUGCUCCUAGAUCAGCUUCUCGCGAAACUCAGGAAGGAUGGCCAUCGUGUCCUCAUCUUUAGCCAGAUGGUCAAGAUGCUGGACAUUCUUGGCGACUACCUCCGGAUCCGCGGUUACCAGUUCCAACGGCUUGAUGGCACCAUCCCCGCUGGUCCUCGUCGCAUGGCCAUCAAUCACUUCAAUGCCGAUGAGAGUGAAGACUUUUGUUUCUUGCUCUCUACCAGGGCUGGUGGCCUGGGUAUCAAUCUCAUGACUGCAGACACAGUCAUCAUCUACGAUUCGGACUGGAAUCCCCAAGCCGACCUACAAGCAAUGGCUCGGGCUCACCGCAUCGGGCAGAAGAAGCCAGUCAAUGUUUACAGACUUGUCGCGAAGCAGACUAUCGAGGAAGAGGUGGUGAACCGUGCCCGCAACAAGCUUUUCCUAGAGUAUCUCACGAUCCAGGCUGGCGUCACCGACGACGGGAAGGCCCUCCGCGAGCAGUUCAAGGAGCACGGUGUGAACAUCGACGAGGCUAAGACUUCUGAGGACAUCUCCAUGAUCCUCAAGAUGCGCUCUCAGAAUCUCUUCGAGCAAUCUGGCAACCAAGAGAAGCUUGAGCAACUCGAUAUCGAUGCCAUUCUUGAGAAUGCCGAAGUCACAAAGACGGACAUCAACGACAAGCUGAACCUGAGCAGCGGUGGCAUUGACUGGGACAACUGGAUGCAAGUCACGGAUGUCAAAGUCGACGAUUUGGCUCGCGAUUGGGACCAGAUCAUCCCUGCCGACGAGCUUGCCGCGAUCAAGGCAGACGAGGAGAAGAAGAAGCACGAAGAGUAUCUGGCGAAAGCCAUGGAAGAGAAUGCUCCUCGUAAGGCCGCGCUGAAGGGGUCUAGAAAGAACGUCGACACGGAUCGGGCCGAGCGUCUCGCUAAGAAGAGACAGCGAGAGAAGCAAGAACUUGAAGAGUUGGAGGAACAACGAGCCUUGCUUUCGGAUCCGCGCCGCCCUUUGAACGAGAAGGAGACGCGGAAUCUUAUCCGCGCGUUUUUCCGGUAUGGCUUCUUUGAUGAUCGCGAGGAGGAGAUCGUUCACGACGCUCGCUUGAGUGACCGAGACCACGACUUCCUCCGGUCAAUCAUUGAAGACCUCGUUGCGGCGAGUAAACACGCUGUGGACACAAACAACGAAAGGCUGCGUGAAGAAGAGGAAAGAGCAGGAAAACCAUUGGCCAAGAAGGACAAGAAGGCUGUCCUGGUUGAUUUCGGCGAGGUUCGGAAGGUCAAUGCCGAAACCGUCGUGGAACGGCCUCCCCAGCUCAAACUUCUCCACCGCGUGCUCGAGGAACACGGCGACGCCAUGACGUUUAGACUUCCAGAUGCCAGCAAGUCGGCUCAGUAUUCCUGCGAAUGGGGAGCACGGGAAGACGGCAUGCUACUCAUCGGCAUCGACAAGUACGGCUUCGGCGCCUGGACACAAAUCCGGGACGACCCCGAGUUGCAAAUGCAGGACAAGUUCUUCCUUGAAGAACACAGAGUGGACAAAAAAGAGGAGCGCAGAAGAACCGAUGACAAGGGCAUCCAGUCUCCCGGUGCUGUUCAUCUGGUACGGCGCUCUGAGUAUCUGCUCUCUGUCCUCCUAGCCAAAUACUCGAACGAUGCAAACGCAAAGAAGGCCGUCGAAAACCACCAUCGUAGCAAAAAGCUACUGACCAACGGCAUCCGGCGCGGCGAAGGCAGCUCCGUCUCAGCUUCUCCGGCUCCACCGAUGUCAAAGAAACCGAGCCAACACCGCGACCGUGACCACCACCGGUCGUACAGCAAUGCCAACGAUCGUGGCACGCCACGCCCAGACAAGCGGAAAUACAAUGACGAUUAUGACGAGCGCAACAGCAAGCAUAGGAGGCUUGAGGUUGAUGCUCGGCAUGAGAAGAAGCCCAAAGCGGGGGAGAAGCCGAAGAUCGAUCCGGAGACGAUGGAGCGCUACAAGCGAGACAGGCAAAAGGCUGUCGAAAGAUUCCAGGAGCUUGCAAAGCUGCGUGAUGAUGAGAUCGACCCCUCCGAUAAUACACAGUUGGUGUGGUCGGUAUUGCGUCCUCUCAAGCCGAACAUGGAGCGUAUUAUGCAGUCUAAGGAGCUGGUCCCCGCCGCAAAGGAGAGGGCGAAAAUCCUGGGCGAAGAGAUUCGCACUUUUGGAAGCUUCCUGAAACGCUUGAGGGCGGAGAACGAAACCGAUCUUGAGAGCUUGGAGCCCCAGUUUUGGGAGUUCUUGUCCUCGAUCUGGCCGCUCGGAGAGGUCAAAGUGUCCGGUAAGCGACUCCAGAGGAUGUUCCGGGACCUUCUGGAAAAGGACAAGACGAAACGGGAGGACGACCGAUCCAACGAACCCCGGCGGCCGAAGAACCCGGACUUGGAAGACGGCGAGAUCGCUAGUGACCGCGAAGAACGCCGUGCCCGAGACCCGUACCGCGACGACCGGCGCGAGGAGCGCCGCGAGGAGAGACGUGACGAGCGAAGGGACGACCGCAGGGAAGACCCCCCACGCCGCAACUACUACGACGAUGAUCGUCUUAACUUCUACCGCCACCGUCGCCCGGAGAAUCGCGGUGUUCCCCUCCGUCACUCCUCAUGGCAGAGCCGCAGCCCGCCGGCCCGGCACAGCCCCUACUAG